UUCGGGAGAAUGAAGGAGGCUGGAAGUGGGAGGUCUAAAUGAGUGCGAGGAAAGAGCCCUCUUUAAAGUUAAUGUUUCAGGUUGUUGACUGUCAUACUAUCACAUGGACCAGAGAGAAGAGAGGAGUUUAAUGUAUCACCACCAUGUUCUGACCACUCCUCGGAGACAGAGUUGACCUGGUUGUGAAAAAGCUCCACCUACUUGUUCUCACGUCUGCUCUCAAGUUCUUGCUGUCCAAAUUCCAAUGGCAAACAAAGAUGCGGGCUCACCUCCUCCUCCCUACUACUCUGUAGGUCUACACACUCAGCCUCCCCUCAGGUCAUAUGAAGAGGUGGUUUAUGGCUCAAACCCGGGCCUGGCUAUCCCAAACCAGCCCCGUUAUAUCCCCCAGUAUCCCCCACCCGUGGUUACUCCUCCAGUCACCACAUUCAGUUCACUGCCCAAGAAGGAGAAGAACUGCUGUGGGACUAAGGCACAGUAUUACAAGGCAGCGGCGGCAGCUGUACUGGUACUUGCUCUGCUGGGAGUCGCUAUUUGGCUUGGAGUUUAUUACGGCACCAAGUCAUUACCAGACACAGAGUAUGGCAAAGAUGACAACUCUCAUCAGUAUGAUGAAAAAGACGAUUUUACAGAGCCUGACAUCUGCCCCAACAACACUGUCAUGUGUGAUGCAGUAAAGGACUGCGAACAGGGCACUGAUGAAACCAACUGUGUGCGAUUUGGUGAGGACAACAGCCUGCAGGUCAAGAUAGCUCAAGAUGGACGCUUCCUACCGGUGUGUUACAGUGGCUGGAACAAGGACCACGCUGACCGUGUCUGCGCUCAGCUUGGAUUCAGACAGUCUUAUUUAACUGGAGAAAUAAGUUCCCAGACGUCCACUGGUUUAAAACUGACCAGCAAAUCAUCAUCUUUUGUUCAGGGUUUCGUUAACAUCAGCUCUCCCUGUCCAACCCAGCAGACUGUCUCCCUUCAGUGUGUGGAUUGUGGUAGGCAGCCGUCCACAUCCCGUAUCAUUGGGGGCACUGCAGCUAAAUCCGGUCAGUGGCCAUGGCAGUUGUCUCUUCAGUUCAAAGGAUCCCACGUCUGUGGUGGCGUCCUGAUCUCAAGGGAUUUUGUGCUGACCGCUGCUCAUUGCUUUCCCAGUGCAUACAUGUCUGCAAAGGACUGGAAAGUUUACGGGGGAAUUGUAUCCCUGGAUAAACUGACUGAGCCCUACCUGGUUCAGAAUAUCAUACUCAACAACAACUACAACAACAAAAACAAUGACCAAGAUGUUGCCAUUCUCAAACUUACAUCUCCUGUUUCUUUUAAUGAUAAUGUUCAGCCAGCCUGCCUCCCAGUUGUUGGCCAGGAGUUUCAGCAGGGAACUAGUUGCUGGACCUCUGGGUUUGGCACUACCAAUGCAGGAUCAGGGGUCGUCUCAAAGGACCUGAUGGAAGUGACUGUGGACAUCAUUGGCACAGAGACGUGUAACACCCAGGCAGUAUAUAGAGGUGCAGUGACCAAACACAUGAUCUGUGCUGGGAAACUGCAGGGAGGCAAAGAUUCCUGCCAGGGUGACAGUGGGGGACCAUUGGUGUGUGAAACAGACAGUCGAUGGUACCUCGUGGGGAUCACUAGCUGGGGAUCCGGUUGCGGUGAACAAAACAAGCCUGGCGUGUACACCAAAGUCAGCAGUGUUGUCCCCUGGAUAUAUAGCAAAAUGCAGCAAGCGAAACCUUGAUGUUCCUUCCAGCCUCCAGUCGUGUUAAUGAAGUCUGCACUACAAACUUAUCUUUAACAAAGAAAUUGUUAUCAACAGAAGAACAUGUGGAUGAGAAGACACUCCAGACUGAAAAAAGAUACAAUUAAAGGGUUGCAUGCUGACUUAUGUGGGGUUCAGAAUGAUGAAAUAUACAAAUGAAGUACUUUAAAAUUUAGCCUUACAUUUUUUUAUUAUUCUGGGUGUUUCACUAUUCUUCAGAAAUGUCUCACAUUUCUCUAUUUAAUUUGUGCCAAUAAUUGUCCUUUUCUAUUGUGAUCCCGUUGAUCAAAGAUACUCUUUACAAAUGAUGAAGGAAUAUGUAUAUAUCUAUAUUGUUAAUAGGUGUGUUCAUAUUAGGGCUACAUCUGUAUGUUGAGGUCUGUUAUAUAACAAAUGCAUUGUUUUAUUUUCACUUGGUACCGAAAUCAGUCAACUUUGACACAUGUAUUUGGAGUUCUGUUAAACAUAGACAUAAAUUCUUGUGGAUUUUAUUGUUUUUUGCUCUGUGCACCCAUUUCCUGCUUGUCAAAAACAACAGAUGCAUCUAAUUAAAUUAUAAUAUCAUCAAAAAGUUAA